CAAGGCGCUAACCCUGCGCAAACUACAGCAUAACUGCAUGCAUAUUCUCUGAUCAGUUGUUAUGGAUAAAUGUGGACGGAGAGGUGAGCGCCCGGGGAUUUUUUCGUCUCUAACACGUCUGCAGUAACAUCAACGAUGCUCUGUUAAAGGCUCUGAAGUCUGUGCGCGCUGCGACGGAUCAGUUUUGGAGUCGCCAGCAGUGCGCUUCAGCUGGACAUAGGACACACGAUCUGGAGGACUGGUUGCCUAUUUUGCAUGUAUUUUUAUCGGUGUAAUUUCUUCUUUUGAAGUGCAUUCGGACCUGCUUACGUUGUGUUUCUUUAAUACGGGGGAAAGCGUGCGUAUCGUGCAGAUAUGUUUUCGCUCCGUGGAGGUUUAGCCCUGCGCCCGCUCUCCUAAACUCUCAUCUUAGCAUACAAAUUAUUACACUUUAUCUCAACACUGCAGGAGGUUUACAACCCCAGUGGAAAAUGGCAAGCGAGCAAAAACCACGGCUUUGUGUCAUGGCAAAAGCGGAGAACGGGUAUGGAUUUCACUUGCAUGGCGAGAAGGGGAAGAGCGGACAAUUCAUCCGCAAAGUGGAGCCUGGCUCCCCUGCAGAAGCGACGGGGCUGUGCGCCGGGGACCGUGUGGUGGCAGUGAAUGGGGUAAACGUGGAGAAAGAGACACACCACCAGGUGGUACAGCGGAUCAAAGCCGUGGACAAUGAGACCAGGUUGCUGGUGGUGGACCAUGAGACGCAUGAAAGUCUGCGCAGCCUCCGCCUCACGGCCACAGAGGAGAUGGCUGUCCUUAGAGUCGUGCCUCCAUCCUCCUCCUCUCCCCCAGGUUCCCCCUCACCACCCCCGUCCUCGGUCCCAUCCUCGCCCAGCAAGAAGCGUGAGAACGGCUCGGUGUCCAAGCAGCCGGUCGCACUGAGCAACCAGGUGCAGAAGCCCACCAGGAGGUCACCGUCAAAGGCUGCGAAGAAGGAGGCCCUCGCCCAGGCUGAAGCCCAGGCACAGGCCCAAUCCCAGGCACAGGCCCAAGUCGACCCGUCCGAGCUCGUACCACGUCUGUGCCACCUGAUGCGGUCUGACGCGGGCUACGGCUUCAACCUCCACAGUGAUCGAUCCAGGCCCGGACAAUACAUCCGCUCCCUGGACCCAGGGUCAGCUGCGGAUCACGCCGGGCUCCGGACACAAGACAGGCUGAUUGAGGUAAAUGGUGUGAACAUCGAGGGCAUGCGACAUGCAGAGGUGGUGGCCUUCAUAAAGAAAGGUGGAGAUGAGACCUGGCUGUUGGUGGUGGACCAAGAAACAGACGAACACUUCAAGAGGAGUGGGGUGGUCCCCACAGUCAACCAUCUCAGAGACUAUGACGGUCCGUCCAUAUCCAACGGCUCCCACAACCCUCAGAUCAACGGCAGCUCCACCACGCAGUCCUUCAGGUCCACACACUCCGACCUCAGCAGCCAGGGCAACAGCACGCAGGUGGGUGAUGAUGAAGGCGGCCGGCUGAUGGACCCGUUCGCUGAAAUGGGCCUGAGUCUGAGCGCUACGGCAGCAGAAGAAAAGAUGAAGGUGCAUUCCAAAGAAAAGAAAAAGGCUCCACAAAUGGACUGGAUGAAGAAAUAUGAGCUGUUCAGCAACUUCUGAGACUUUCCCCUCCAAGGACACUUCACCAGUGAUAUGAGCGUUCUGCAUACAACAGAAGAUAUUUUGUUUCUGGAAUUAAAUGUGACAAAAGGAAAGAAAGUUGUAGUAUGGAUUUGACUUUUUAUGUCACUUCAGAGACUCUUUAACAGCUUAUUUUUCACUGUUCAAAGCACAACAUGAGAAAGUGCUAACUGACAGCAGAAACUGUGUAUACUUUGCUAAAAUCAUACAGAAGGAAGAGCAACUUUAAAAGCAACACAUACAUGUACUUCUGUCUGGUAGGAGUCAAGUUUUCACAAAUUGACCUAAAUCCCCAUCACUUUCAUCCUUCCAUUCUCCUCACGACUAGAGACUUGUUCAUACAAGAGACGAGACAGUUAUUUUUAUAUUUUAAAAGUAUAAAUAACUAUAAAAAUAAAAAUAAAAUCCCAUCAUAAUGGACUGCAUUUUAAAGAGUUUUAUGGACACUGUGACAAUAAUGAUUGUGAACAUUGUGGCAGUUUUGGCCCAUCAGUCAGAGGAAGCCCAAAAUUGGCAGAAGAUCACUGUGAAAGAGUUGAGACCCUCCACCUCCAGCCCACGCAGACGUGUGGCAAUGAUCACUCACACACAAAAGGAUGGCUGUGUGUACUGUUUGUGUGCAACAUUUCCUACAUGUCUUUGUAUUGUUGCAUAGAGUUCAUUAACUGAUCAUCAGAUCAGCCCUGCUUCUAUUCAAAAAAAAAUUCAUGUUACUUGUUAUUUAGCACUCUUUCGUCUUAAUAAUGUAUCACCACUAACCUCUUUUCACAAAGUGCUCCAGUGCACAUGUGCACAACAAAGGGAAGCGCCACUAACAUCAAAUGUACUUAUACAGUAAACCAUGGAAACUGCAAAGUAGAAGAAAGCAGGGUUUUGUCAGGGGGAAUGGGCCGAUGGAUGAGUUUAUCAUUGGAGGAGGCCUGAUGUGUACAGCAGGGGACACACUUACACCACAAAUAGACGCUACUGUUGGCAUUUAAAAUAAACAAAGUAGAUGGUCGGUUAUGCAGGCUGUUUUAUUGGGAUUGUGUCUGACUAUUUCUUAGUUAGGAGCAGUAACUUCCUUGAGUCUCAACUAGUUGUCAGGGCCGAGCAACAGUCCGGCACAAAACUGCAAAUUGUGGUUUUUACACUUUUUGUCUGUACAGAUUAAACAAAGAAGAUAUAAAAUGUUAAUGGCGUGAGCUUUAGAUGUGCCAGGAUAGUCUUUAAGUUUUUAGUCUUUAAGCUAAGCUAAGCUAACUGGCUGCUCGCGGGAGCUUCUUAUUUACCGUACAGACACGAGAGUGGUAUCAAUCUUCUUAUCUAACUUUACACCAGAAAGCAAAUCAAAGUAUUUCCUAAAAAUGCUGUACUACUCCUUUAUUUAAAUAAGGGCCAGGGCCAGGAAAGAAAAGGAGGAUUAAGAUCAAAAGUGUCACUAGCAGCAGCAGAUAGUAUGUUGAAGUGAAAGGAUGUGAUCGGCUACAACAGGAGCAGAGUGUGAGCAGAUUGUGGGGCGGAGGGUGUGUAGGAGAGGCUGCACAGUGAGGUCAGAGAUGCUCUGGAGGAUCUAGUGAAAGAGACCCGGGAGCCAUGGAGCUUACUGAGGAUUAUUACACACAUACACACACAGGGACAGCUGUCAUACACACAUUUGGAGCACAAUGUGUGUGUGGGUGUGGAGAAGGUAUACAUGCUGCAAACCCAAGCAGUGUUGAUACAAUGCAUUUCAACAAGUGGAACUCACGUUGGAGAGUCAUCUAUGUGGACAUGUUUUUUUUGUACUCAUUUACACCCUUACAGAGCCCACACUGACAGUAGUGUCUUGCUUCCUCUUUGUACAUCAUUCUGUGUGUGCAGUAGGGCUCACUCUGUAUUUUCUGACAGCUAAACAACUCAUAUGUUACCAUGGCUGAUGUAUAUACAGUACAAGCAUACAGUAUAUAUGGCAGGGGGUAUUUUUCAAUAAAGUGUGACAAUGACGUUUUUGAAUAUAUUAAAUUGUUGUCAUCAUCUCUCAUGC